AUGGCCGUGAUGUCAACGGGUCAUCCGGACCGAUCGGAUCUGCUUUGGGAAGGUGCCAAGCUGAGCCAAACACCUCCGCUCGGUGACAGCCGUGACGGGUCACUCUUUCAAUACGCAUCGACAAAGGCGCGCACGUCCGUCGGUUCAACCAUGACUGCUGCGCCCAUCGUUAUAACCGCCGAUGAAAUAAACUGUCUCAUAUACUCCUACUUUCAGGAUGCAGGUUUCAACCAUUCUGCCUUUGCACUUCGCAAUGAGGGCCGGCUACAAAAUUCUCCUUAUUUUGCAAAGCACAUUCAAAGGGGAGAACUUAUAGAACUCCUGAGCAAAGCUCUCCUAUAUCUCGAAGUCGAAUCGCAUUGGCGAGGGGAUGAGCUUACAACUAACUGCAAGUCCGGUUUCUCGCUUCUCGAACCGCAUGUAUGUUCGACGGAACCUCCAUCAGCCAAGACGAUUCUUAAUUCCGAAGGGCCCAUGGAUAUUCACGAUACUAAUGGAACCUCUAUGUCUGGUGCCGUCUCUUCGAGUUCGACGAUAUCAACAUCUCAGGCGCAGGCCACAUCACAGGCAUCUCGGAAUGGUGCACCGGCGCUUGACGGUGGUCAAAGACAGAGUCAAUCUAUAACCUCAGCGGGCGACAGCAGUUCUAAGCGCAAAAUGUCUCCCGUCCCGAUUGAGGGUCACGUGGAGAAGCGUGCUAGACGCGCUUCCGUUGACAUGGAUGUUGACAACGUCUCGGAAUCUGGAAGAUCAAAAACAGAGCAGGAUGCGUCGUUGUAUGACCAAUACGGAGGAACGAAGGCGGUCGCUAAACCGUCUGUCCGGCCCCAAGGGCCCGGUGAUACUAGGACUGAUCCUCGAGUCAUGCUGCUAUUAGACCAAAAGACAGAGGUCUUUGUCUGUGCCUGGAAUCCGACAUCACACCAUUUGCUGGCUUCGGGAUCAAAAGACGGCGUCGUUAAUCUAUGGAACCUCCCUGACCCACCGCCAGUCGGGUCAGAUUCCUUUGCUGAAGCACCGGGUGAACCGGUUCCUAUGGACAAUGUUUCCAGGACUGUUCAAGGUGACUUGACUUCCCUUGAUUGGAAUCCGCAAGGGACUUUGCUGGCUAUUGGAUCAUACGACUGCAUAUUACGCGUAUGUACGAGUUCGGGAUCUAUAUACUUCUCCCAUCCCCAACACCAGGGCCCGAUAUUUGCAACACGCUUCUCCAAGAAUGGUGCGUGGCUCUUAUCAGCAAGCUUGGACGGCACGACUUGCCUAUGGGACGUGAAGGAAAAGCGCCUCCACAAGCAGUAUAGAUGUCAUAAAGACUGCUGCCUUGAUGUGGAGUGGCUCAAUGAAACCACCUUUGCUAGUGCCGGUGCUGACAUGCGGAUAUACAUCAUGCGGGUUGACGAAGACGAGCCGAUCAAAUCGCUAACGGGACACAAAGACGAAGUCAAUCAAAUCCGAGUGAACCCAUCUGGUACUCGAUUAGCGUCUUGUUCAGAUGAUGGUACGGCCUACGUCUGGAAGGUUGACAACCUCAGUCCCCCAGCAGACACAAUCCCGGGCUUGUCAGCAUCCGAUCACGUUGUGGUAUUAAAAGGCCACAGUCACUCUGUCAGCACUGUGGGGUGGUGUGUCGACCAUCCGGCAGGGACAAAUGAGCUCCUUGCAACAUCGUCGUUUGACGGCACAGCACGAAUAUGGGAUUCUGUGACAGGACAGUGCUUGCACGUUUUCCAAGAUCACAGACGGCCUGUAUACUCCUUAACGUUUAGCCCUGAUGGUAAAUACCUUGCCACAGGCAGCGGGGAUGGCUGGUUACAUAUCUACCAUACACGGAUGCACUUCCGAGUGUGGUCAUGGUUUGCAGGAAGCGAUAAACCUGGCGUCUUUGAAAUUGACUGGCAAAAUCUCGACGGAGUCAACCGAAUAGCGAUGGCUCUGGAGUGUCGGCAGGUUGCGGUGCUCGAUGUAAACAAGCUCCCGAUCCUACAGUCGCCUGUUCUGCUUAAUGGGAUGCAGCAACAGGCAACGGCUCGGAUAGAGCCUGCAUGA